CACAAAGCCGCGGCAUACUGUUUGCACACUGUCAUUUGCUGCUAAACGUGGCUCGCAGCAACUAGGAAACCGAUGUUUGAACGUGGUAAAUAAUAGGGGUAUAACCGCCGUAUCGCCGCAUGUCAGAGCGUUCUGGUUCGGGUUUCACCCUACCGGCUUGCAUGCGUUAGGCAGAUUAUAGGCUGCUUGGUAGUUGCCGCUCCUGCGCGGUGGCACACAGGGCAAAAGUCUGUGCUAUACUUGCUGAGUUCAAUAGAUUUUGUUUUAGUGGGUUUGGGGUCUAUAAGGUAUUUGUGGCCGCUAUCCAUCCUCACGCGCUCUGGAAUGCUCGUGGCACAUGGAUAAGAUGCAAGAAUGGACGUGGCCUGCGACGCGUCCAAAACAUUCCUGAUGUGUCAAAGCUUAGAGAUCGCCCAGCUGUCUCCGUCUCACUAUAAAGCUGGCGCGACCCACAGCUUUGAUGGGUACAUACCCCUUGACAAUAGGUGAGGGUUCUCUGCCAAGAUGUACGCCCUUUUGCACCUGCUGUUCGUAGCUGCUGCUGCUGCGUUUACAUUCGAUGAACUUUUCCUUAUGCAGAAUGCUCUCUGGGACCACUUUCUCUAUCCAGCGAAUUUGCAGCAGAUCAACGCAACGGACACCUCUGUCUUUGCUGAAGAUGUCCAGGGCCGGGUAGAUAUAACGCGAACAUUCAACGGGCGCGAACUCAACAACGAGUACAUCUUCGGCCUCUUCUCAGACCCGGAGCAUCUGAGCCUCGUCGGUGUUCCCAUCACAUACAAGAUCACCCAGUUCGCCGCAAACGAGAACAUCGCAUCUGCAACGACACUCUUCACCUUCAACGCCACCUCCUUCAGCAACACCCUCAUCCCCGUCACCGUCGACACGUGGAUUCUGUUCAACGCAGAGGGGAAAAUCGCGCAGUACGACGCGACAUUCCGGUGGUUCGGAUGGCUGCUCGAUGCGCUCCUGGACGCCGCAGGAACACUGCUGUUCAAUACGACCGAUCCCGCAGAGACGCAGACAAAGCUGGGCGGUCUUCUUGCGGAGACGAUCUGCCAGACGCACGAGGACUACUGCGUGGGCGCAAACGUGCAGUACUCGAAUAAGGCACAGUGUGUUGAUUUCCUGGCGAACAAGACCCGGUUUGGCAAGGCGUAUGAACUAGGGAGAAACACGCUGCUUUGCCGCGAGGUCCAUGAACACAUGGUUCGGCAUCGGCCGGCAGUGCAUUGCCCGCAUAUUGGGCCUACUGGUGGUGAUUAUUGUGUUGAUGAUAAGUCUUACGCGGCUGUUGUCACCGAGAUGUAUUUCAGGGAGCCGUUUAUUCCGGCCGGAGGAGGAGGGAUGUUUUAAGCUUACUGUAGUAGCGUAUCUGCUUUGAACACCAGUGAUUCGAUGCAAGUAUUAAUUCUCAUAGGACUUGAUAAACGAUAACAGCAAAUAUGCCCAACUGAUGAUAAAUUACCAUCAAAGGGCAGUUAGGCGAUUUACUGCAUGUUAUGUCGACGAUUCGUCUUGAAGUAAGUCGAUAUAAACUUGCUUAGUCCUUGUGAUAGGAAGUUUGACAAGCUCUGAGCAUGUCUAUAUGUAUUAUCCUCCUAAUUAAAACAGGC